AUCACAACGAGCCCCUCCAGCUUCAAUCCUUGGCAACCAUAACUCCCAGUUGCGAACAUGGCAAGCCAUGGUGUCUCGCGAACAGCGACGACUGGUCAAAGAACGGACGAGCAGCGCAUAGCGGAGCAGAAGGAGAUCCUCAAGUACCAAGAGCUGGAGGAGCUGAUCAGAGUGAAGGUCGCAGAACGGCAAUACACACUCGAAGUUCUCGAACUUACCUCGAAGCUCCUCAAGAAGAACCCGGAAUACUACACAAUAUGGAACGUCCGCAGACGUUUGCUAAUUUAUGGAUUAUUCUCCAAACCGUCGGAUUCAUCAUCGCCCUCGACGGAGUCGCAGAAUACUUCACCGAGCGACACUACCAAGGCCUCAUCCGAAACUUCGUCGUCCUCUAUAUCCGCGCCACCCAUGGCAUCGACCACGACCCCGCAGAGCCUAAGCUCCCAGAAUCAUGGGAAGAAUGGUACAACUCUUGACCUGAUAAAGGCCGAUCUGGAGUUUUUGUUUCCGAUAAUGGUGGAAUACCCGAAAUGCUACUGGCUGUGGAAUUAUCGGUUGUGGCUAUUAAAGCAGGCGAACGAGCGACUGGAUACGGACAUUGCGAAGGAGCUCUGGAAACGAGAACUCGUCCUGGUGGGAAAGAUGCUGGUUAGAGAUAGUCGGAACUUCCACGGAUGGGGCUAUCGACGAAUGGUCGUAGCUGAGUUGGAAAGCAAGAAGCUCGAUGGGAAAAGCAUGGUGGAAUCAGAGUUCGAAUAUACAACCAAGAUGAUUCAUGCACCGAAGGGGCUAUCGAAUUUCUCGGCUUGGCAUAGACGAAGUAAAUUGAUUCCCCGGCUUCUCGAUGAGCGAAAUGCCGAUGCUACUGCUCGAAAACAAUUCUUAGACGAUGAGUUUGAUCUUAUCAUUUCAGCAAUGUACACGGACUCAUAUCCAUACGCUCAAUCGGCGUGGUUCUAUUACCAAUUUUUGAUGACUACUCUUACUGAUCAUGUCGGUCAUUCCACGAUCACGCCUAACUUCACCAAUGAUGACCGAGUGGACUAUGUUGAGCGGCAAUUGGCGAUUCUCCGAGAUAUGCUAGAUGGCGCUGAGGAUUGCAAAUGGAUUUAUGAUGCCCUCGUUGAGUAUACAAUGGCACUGUGCCUGAUGGAAGAACGAGAUCCUCAAUCGGACGAAAAAGAAGAUUUCAAGGCCUGGAUCGAAGAGUUGGGAAAGCUAGAUCCAUUCCGGAAGGGAAGGUGGGAUGAUCUAGAGAAUUCUCUUCUGAGGAAGUAGCUGAACCUGAAGAAGAGUCUAAAUAAUCACUAAUCGUACCUGUUUUGGGGUAUCUGCCGCAUGGCACGCAUAUAUACCAAGCGAGUCCCAUGUGAGCAGUCAAUCUCAACGACUAUGGCGAUUCGUCACAAGUUUGCAGAAGGAUCAUUGCCUUUUUCAGCCCAUCAGUACCAAUGAAUCACAUCUGAUCAAGCGUACUAGCCAUGUGGCUCAAGACUUCACAAUUAAGACA